UCAAUGGCCCCUUUUUCAUCUUUGAUUCUUGUAGAAGAAUUCAAUUCAUCACCACCACCACCACCAUCACCAUCAAAGCUUUCUAUUUCAUUCCAUUAAUUUUAAUUCAAAGCUCACAUUUUUUCCCCAAUCAUACCUUUCUUUAAAUACCCUUUUUUUUCUGAUUUUUUCUGGGAUUUUAAAAUUCUUUUAUUGUUAUUUUAUUUUGCAUGCAUUUUUCUCUUUCGUGGGUUUUCAUUGUUUUUGGGUUUUAGCUAAAAAAAAUUCUUCCUUUUUUUUUGUUUUUAUUUAAAAAAGAUCAGUAUAUUUUUUUGCUACCCUUGAUUAUGGGUAUGGAUUCGAAAAGUGGACAGGAAGGUGGUGGUGAUGGUGGUAUCAAUAUACCAAAGGAAUCAGAUGAGAAUUCAAAGAUGAAGGGGGCCAUUAAUACUAAAGAUAUGAUGUUCAGAGCUGAUAAAAUUGAUUUAAAAAGCUUGGAUAUGCAACUUGAGAAGCACCUCAACCUGGUUUGGUCCAAGAACAUUGAGAAACAAAGGCCUGUAGAGGAAUGGGAGGUUGAUUUGUCUAAGAUAGAUUUAAGGUAUGUCAUAGCUCAUGGCACCUAUGGUACCGUCUAUCGUGCAACCUAUGAUAAUAAAGAUGUUGCAGUCAAGGUGUUGGACUGGGGAGGUGGUAAUGCUGCACCGGCUGAAACCACUGCGAUGCAAGCGGCAUUUAAGCAAGAGGUUGCCGUUUGGAAUAAGCUCGAUCAUCCUAAUGUUACGAAGUUUGUAGGAGCUUCAAUGGGAACUUCAAACCUUAUGAUACCGUCGGCCGAUGGUCACGAUUCCUUUCCUUCUAGAGCUUGCUGUGUUGUUGUGGAGUACCUCCCCGGUGGCACGUUGAAGCAAUACUUGAUACGAAAUCGGCGAAAGAAACUCGCCUUGAAGGUUGUCAUUCAACUUGCUUUGGACCUCUCUAGAGGACUAAGCUACCUGCAUACAAGAAAGAUCGUACACCGUGAUGUCAAAACCGAAAACUUGUUACUAGAUGCUCACAGAAAUGUCAAGAUCGCCGAUUUCGGGGUUGCUCGUGUUGAAGCUUGGAAUCCAAGUGACAUGACUGGUGAAACUGGAACUCUAGGAUACAUGGCCCCAGAGGUGCUUAAUGGUAAGCCCUACAACAGAAAGUGCGAUGUCUACAGCUUCGGCAUUUGCUUGUGGGAAAUUUAUUGCUGCGAUAUGCCUUUCUCCGAUCUUAGCUUUGUCCAAGUGUCGUCCGCAGUUGUUCAAGAGAAUCUAAGGCCGGCAAUCCCGCGGUGUUGCCCGAGUUCGUUAGCAAACAUCAUGCGGAAAUGCUGGGAUGCGAAUCCAAAGAACCGUCCCGAAAUGGAAGAUGUAGUGAGGAUGCUGGAAGCAGUGAAUACAAGCAAAGGCGGGGGGAUGAUACCGGAGGACAAGGCACCAAGUUGCUUCUGUCUCGCCCCUCGUGGUCCAUGACCAUGAAACAAUGUAAAUUUUGGGCUAUUCUCUUGUAAUUUCCCCACUUAAUAAAUUUUUUAUUCAAUUUUUCAUUACAA